AUGGAUACCUGCUCUGAUGAGAUCUAUCAAAGUACAGAUGAAAGCCUGCCACAUUUUAAUCGGGGUCGCAGGACGCGAAUGAAACCACUAUCCCUUGAAGUAUCCAGUUUAUUUUUGCUUGGUUCCGUAAUCAACCCCAGCCCAGCCUCGCCUAGCUCCCAAAGCCUGGCCUUUCCUGGGGCUUGGGCCCUUGAAACGAGGUUACUGCGACUUGCACUUCUCCGCCUGCUUGCUGAGCCACCAGCUGACCUACCAGUUGAGACUUCUCUUCUCAUCAUGCUGAAAAGCCAGCCAAGACUCGAGUUCUGCGCUAUUCAGCUCUACUGUCUCUGUCUGCUCCUUUCACUCGGCAUUCGGUUCUCACCCCGCCGCCCAAUCUCUGAUUUUACUUCAAAUGGGCUUUGUGGAGACCUGGCAGGCGAAUCUUCUUCGUCAUCUUUACCGCCGCAAAAGUUCGAGACAUCAUUUCUUUGUCCCCAGGGCUUCAGGGAUACUGAAGACGACGACAUACUUAGUUUCUUUUGUGAAGAAGAAGAGGUUGAAUUAGAGACAGAUGAAUUUGAUGAUUCUGGCUUAGUUGAGACUCUUGAACAAGAGCAAUAUAAAAUGUUCUAUGCUAACGAGCCCUACUCCGAGCUUUGUUGUCCCUUGGGCACUUGCAAUCGCCUAAUCGACUCCUGUCAGACCCAUACCUGUUCUGGUCUCCUGUCUCGUACCAACACAAGGCUGUCGGGUGGCGAGGGCUCGGCCAGUCCCUUUUGGCAGCUCAAUUUCCACAUUCUGGCACCUGGCCUCUUGGCCUGGAUAUCAGACCUGCUUGUUGGCGAUUUUCCAAGCGUUGAGUUA